UUGGAUUUUGCUCCUCUAUAAUUGUUAGGCAUCUUGAAUUAGAAGAACAAAAGUCUCCUACCAUGGAAAUACAAGACAAUGGUUCGUUGGAUAAAGCUAAAGAGAGGAUGUUCCAAACUUUCUCAGAGUUUAUGAUUAGGAUUACAAAAUUUGAUGAAUUAGCGGAAGUUGGAAGUAGAUUGCUAGUUGGCUUUCAGCAAGGCCUUGAGUAUAUGCGGCGUCCUUCGAUUGCAAAGAAUUCCGGAUUGGUUGAGCGUAUUAUUAGAGAGAAUGAAACUAAGAGGCUUUCGUCCUACGUAGAAGCUGGAUGUCUGAAUGCUCAUGACACUCUACAAAAUAUGUCCAAGUUACAUACAUGCCACCUUGGACUUCAGGAUCAUGUAAACAAAGGAAAGUGUGUAGUUGAUGAACUUGCCUGCCUUUUAAAGGACGCAGAAGCUGUAGUGCAAACGAUGAAUUGUUGUUUGGCUCAAAUGGGGGAAAGAAAUGUUGACACUGGUACAGAUUCGUCGGACACCGCUCAUGAUGAAGAGGAAGGGCUAUCUGUUGAUCUUUUGAAACAUGAAGUCAUUAAUAUUGCAACAAUGAUGGCAAUAUUAUACAGCAUGGUGCAAAAUGACUACACAAUGCAGGAAAAGAUAGUUUCUUCGCUUAACCUUACUUCAUCUUCUGGAGAACUGGAGAGCUACUCCAGCAUGUGGUCAUUGCGCCCUUACAUAGAUGACGAAGUCAUGCAUAAAGCUUGGAAACUUGUACGCCGCUAACUCUUCCUGUUUUCCUAUUUGUUAUUUUGGUGAAACAUCAUUAAAUAGCUUUUAUCUAUAUCAAAGAAGCUUCACUGUAGCCUUCUUUUCUUGAAAUUUGUUUGAAGCAAUAGCAAACGCAGUUUUGCAGUACGAAAAGAUAAAGUUCAGAAAAAAUGAAAAAGAGAAAAAUAGCGGGUGAGGAUGAAGAACAUGUGACGCUUGUAAUAAUUUUUAUUAUUAAUUAUUGGUUCAACUAAGCAUGACUGCUAUGGCACUGAAUCAAGUUGCUAUAAACAUUGACUGCUUUUGGUAUUUAUACAGUGAUUAUCUGCUUUCACUUUCAAAUACCUUCCUCUGUUGUUAGCAUGUGAUUGCGACAUUCUUCAAAAGCUAGUAUUUGAAGUGUUAGAAGGCAAAUACUUACUGGCACUAGGCAACAAUAAUAGUGUACUAUGCAGGGUUUGUCAACUUACUGCUGCUAAUCAAGCAAUAUAUUCCAUCUUUCAAUCCUUUUUUAGUCA